AUGGGCAUCACUGAGGAGCCCCAGGUGCCCAGCAUUUCAAUCGGAAUUACUAAUCUCAAGGCAAAGCUUGAAAAAAUAAGGGAGGCAAAAAAAAAUGUGAUGAAUCAAUCUCAAACACCAAAGAUACAAAAGGUUAUAUUCUUUCUGCGAGAACAAGACGAUUUCCACAAAAAUUAUGAGCCAAAAGUGGUAUCACUCGGUCCGAUCCAUCAUGGUAAUCCAAAUUACCAGCUAGGAGAGAAUUACAAGCUACUGUUGACAUAUGAAUUCAUUGAAGGUAGCGGUAAGAAUAUGGAAGAUGUAUACAACAUGAUUAAGGAGAAAAUCCAUGAAUUGAGGACAUGCUUCGAGGAGGAGGUGACCAAGGCAUAUGAUGAUGAGGCUCUCACUUCGAUUUUGUUCGUGGAUGGCUGUGCAAUAUUACAGUACAUAUAUUGUGCAACUAACAAGAAGUUCAAAGAGUUGAAUAUAAAAACGGAUAGUGUAGCAUUUGGGCAACAGGAUUUGUUCUUGCUGGAGAAUCAACUUCCCUAUCGUCUACUCACAUGGUUGAUGAGCUCGAGUGUGAAGAAAGAAGAAUUGAGCAAAUCAAUUGAAACUUACAUUGACUUGCACGUUAAGGUACCAGAGGAUCAGCAAUCGAAUUGCCACGAUGAUGAGGAGAAGCCACAAGAUCGUACCAUAUCAGUGGCUAAAGAGCCCGUCCAUCUUCUUGACCAUCUGAGGACACGAAUGCUUCAUGGACAAGGGUACAUUCAUGGUGGAAAGGUUGGUAAAAUCAACCAAAAUAUACAAAAUGUCCAAGAGUGGCAAUCCUAUCGCAAUGUCCAGGAGCUUAAAACAGCAGGUAUCCAUUUGAAACGUGGUAAAAAUUGUUACUUGAGUGAGAUAAAAUUCACUAAACAAUUUCUUUUUCGUGGACAACUUCACCUUCCUCCAAUUGUUGUGGAUGACUCAACCAGGCCUAAGUUCCUUAACUUGGUAGCAUAUGAAAUGUGUCUGGAUUUUGAAAAUGAUUUUGGGGUCACCUCUUAUAUAUCCUUCCUUGAUUCACUAAUCGAUGAAGCCUACGAUGUUAAGAAGCUAAGGAAAGCACAGAUACUCCACAAUUUCCUUGGCAGCGAUGAAGAAGUGGCUAAACUCUUCAAUGAGAUAGGCACCGACUUGGUGCCUAACAUCGAAAUAUACAAGGAAGUUAGAUCAGAAAUUCAGAAGCACUAUGAGAACAAGUGGAUGACCUGGAUAGCUCAAGUCUUUCACGACUAUUUCAGUAGUCCCUGGACGUUCAUUGCUUUCUUUGGCGCAUUGUUAGCACUUGCUCUAACUAUCACUCAGACUUGGUAUGCUGUCAACUCUCCCCCAGGACCCUGCAAAAACUUAACACCAAAGUAAAUAUGCAAAAGGUAAAAUUUUAUUUGCUGCUCUCUUUCUAAGUGUGUCUAGCUUGCUGAGAAUUACAUGGUUUAAUUUUUAUGCCUUCCAGACGGCCAUUUCCAAAUAAUAAGGUCAUUCCAAAGC